GAAGUUUGUUAAUAUAUUGUUAAAAAUACAAAUUGUUUGCUACGGUGUACUCAAAACACAGAUGUCGCACGUAGCGCUUGGAUUUGUGGAACUUAGCGGUGACAGUACAAGCAACGGCUUUGCAAAAAAACAGCUGGCCUAAAAGGCGCAAAAAACGUUUGGACCGGCGAAAAGUUCACCAAAUUUUUAAUAAUUUGGAAUAUUGUGUUUUGCCAAUUAAAAAUAAUUAAAAAUUACAAUAAUAACGAUGCAGUCUUUGCAGAAGUAUUGCGGUUCGCCAAACAAAUUGGUGGAGCUCAGUCUCAAUAUGCAUUUGAGCGCAAAACUAGCGAAGAAUAGCUUGCGUUGGGGUUGUCUAAAUGUAGUGCUACUUGCCAUACUCUUAUUUGAUAUUUCUAACCGAUGUCCAUUUGCACACUCAAAGUGGUAUUAUGCAGAGUAUAUUGCGGCUGUGUUAACGGGACUUGGGGCCUUCUCCAGUUUCCUCAAAUACUUUCUGUAUAUGUUCCGUAAAAAUCCAAUAUCGGGAACCAAAGAACAGAAAAAUCUACUUAAAUUUGAUGAGCUCGAUUCGUCAUUUAUUGUAACACCACCGCUGCAAAGAAAGAAGAAAGCAUGCGAUGAUUUGGCAGCUAAUCAAAUCAAUAACACAUUGUUAAGUUGGCACUCUUCUUUCAAUGAUUCGCGCGCUGGCUUGUCUCACAAUUGGAGUUACAGUCGCACAACACCACCUCGCGGCAGCUUUAGUCCGCAACAGCAGCAACAACCACACAAUGCUUCCUGGAACUCUGUGAGCAAUCGGUCGGUGGUUAUAGGCGCCAACAACAGUGCUAUGACCAACACGAAUUCUCUCAUUGAGUCAUACCCCAAAUACAAACGUGAAGAAUUGAUAACUGACGAAGAGAGUCUAAAACAAUAUUUAAAAGAGUUUUCUAUACACGAACAAAGCAUGAAUGACACUGCGGAUGUGAGUCAGCAUUAUAAUACUGGUUCAGUGAAUUCCUUUUGGAACUAUUGUAACACGGCAGCUAAUAUGCUCAAGACAUCCAUAUACCAACUGUCCCCACUGACGACUCCUGCUACACCCAGUAAACAAUCAGCUACUGAAGACGGUGGUCUUAAAUUCAUGGAUAGUAACUCAGAAGUUAUAAGACGCAUCUCAUCCGAAAAAUUAUCACAAUAUGUAGCCAAUUUAAGAAGGUGGAUGUCUGCAACUAUUUUAGAGCGUUUAUCAAAAGAAAUCAAAAAAAUCGAUGAGUCAUUUAAAAAUCGUGGAUUUGCGGAUAUGCGUAUGGGUGGCAUUAGUUUGGAACGACUUAAGAAAACAGUGGAAAAUCAACAAUUUGUGAAUCAGUACAUGCCAAUGUUACCUUUGAUCCUGCCCUUUUUGGAAAUGUCUAGCAAUCAAGAAUAUUUGGUUCAACGUAUUAAGGAUUUAGCAGAAGGCUCAUGCAUCUCGGACUACCGUUGGAACUCGGGAGCUGCUUAUCACGGUUUGAAAUGGGACGAGCACCUACCCACCGAUUCUGCGAUUCUAUUCCAUCUAUUUUGCGUUUACAUGGACAGUCAACUUAUGCCUUUACCACAAGGUGGUGGUCGUCCCUUCUUCAGUCGCUAUGUGAUAAUGGGCAAAGAGAAGCGCUCUGCAAAGGAAACCGUUGCGCUCGUCCAAAAUAAAGCACAUUGCGCUAUACUCUGCACGAAUCCGCAGAAGCCACGUUUCAACUUUAUAAGCGACAAGGAAAUCCAUACAUGCGCCUAUGACCGCAAUAAUCUCCUCUAUGUAAUCAUACAAUUUUUAAUCCAUAUGAAAACACAUCAUGAAGGUGCAUUGGAAGGUGUCAACCUGGGCAAAAGCGGCAUAAAUAUUUUGUGCGUCAUUGAAAGCUGAACCUGCGAGUAGAUCAACUAAUAACUUCGCCUAAUUAUACACACACACACAUGUAGUCAGCGUUGUUAUAACACAUUUUUUAAUUACUGAGUGGCUAAUUAAGACUUGACAAGCAUAUAUAAUGAAAUUCUCACCAGACAAAACUAUACGCGACACUCUACUUUAUACUCGUACUUACAAUAUUAAUAUUAAGUCAAUUUAGUUUAGAUUGAAUGAACCGCAGAACUUUUACUCGCCAAGCUCCCAUGAUUUUAAAAGCGCAUAAAUUAGAAAGUACUUCUAUGCGACUAAGAAUACAAUAAAUUGUUAAAAGUACGAACAGACACAAACCCCAACCGAACUCUUACACAUACAUACAUACUCACCCACAUCCAACACGCACAGAGAGUGGCAAUAAUUUUGCGCGUAGUUUUCGCGUAAACUUUUAAUUAAAGGGAUUUACUGAUUUAUAUCGCAAAUCCAUGGUACAUUCCUUUGGACAUUAAUCGUUUUUGUGCUGUGGAUUUAUCGUGUCACAGGAGUGAUUUGUGGCUGAAAUACAGCGAGCUACAGCAGCUACGCCAGCUGCACACGACACACAUACCCAUGCAUAUACAGGAAGCGAAAAUACAUAUGCAGUUGCUGUGGUAGGAAUGUGAACGACAAAUCUGCUUACGUUAUCACAGAGUUUGGCGACAGCCGACAAGCAAACACACCGCUAAUCAAAA